AUGAGUAAAAAGACAAACACUAUAACAACGAGGAAAUGCACUGAAGCUCAUAUAGUCGGACAGCCUCUUGACAUUAGUGAUAUUAAUGUUUUACCUACUAAAAGUGACGUGCUGAGUAAACUAGAAAAAUGUUUGUGCCCAGCUCCAAGAAAAGUACCAAAAUUAGAACAUGCAUUCUUGACAGACCAACGGAACUUAAGGAUGAUGAUUAUCAGAGGUAUUGACCAAGCAGAGACUAAAAAUGUUAAAAAACGAAACAAACGGAAGGAAAAGUCACUGCAAUCUAAAUUAAGUAGUAAUGUGGAACUAACUACUCCACCUGACUUAAUAAAUGUGGAUAUUCUUAGUAGUAACUCUGAUGAUGAAUCCAUGGAAGAAGAAUCAAGUAGGCCUGAUGAAAAAGUUCAAGGUUCUAAAAUAACUACUCCAAGAAACAAAAUUGAAAGUCCAAGCAUGAAAGCUGUAGUCAAAGGUAAAUGUCCCUCUGAGUUGGCCAGUAGAAACCCCGGAAACUUGUCCCACGCCCGGUGGCUGACAUUAGCAAAUAGAAUCUUACGUCUGUAUAUUUCAACUAUUGAACCAACCCCACACCUUAGAAAGCUUGCUGAGUUCGUCAUGAAAGUCUAUGCUACCUCAAAGUUUACCAUAAAAUGUCGUUCUAAAAUUAUCCACGCAUCACAACACUUUUUCUUUAUCGAACAGUGCACCAAGUUUUUAGACAGUGAACUGAAGGCUGUGGCGCAAAGAAACGCCUUUAUGGCUAAUCCUGAACACAUCCUUUUAGGGAUGUUGUUUGCCUCUCGAAAACAUGUAAGAGCUUUGGCAGGCAAAGGGAUAAUAAAAGCUCUACAGACAGAAACAAGGAAACAUCGAGCCUUCAGACCACCACAAGUUAAUUUUGAGGCAGAAGACUACAUCGAUCUCAUUGACUGGCAAUCCACCACAGUUACAGAACCACUACUUAUAGCUGACUGCAGCAAAGAAGAGAUUAAGAUGAUUGUUAAUUCAGGAAGCAGUGAGAGAAAAGAGUUCAAAAUACCACUUCACACUCAAGCGGUAGAACGAGUUGUAAAGAAAGUUACUGCAGCUUCUAAGCACGUUUGUGGCGUUCAAGGACGAGAAGGCUUUAAAAGAUCAAGAUUAUUGAACAGAAAUUAUCUUUCCAAGUUUGAAACUAAGCGACAAUACACAUCUGCUACAGCUAUAUUGCAAAAAUAA